AUGGAAGUCGCUGGGUUGGUUCUUGGGGUCGUAGGCGCAUUGCCAGUAAUAGUGCAAAUCGUCAAGGGGUACCAAAUUAUCAUCGAAACUACUCAAGUCAGGCGCUACAUGGCUAUGUUGGAGCAGGAUCUCAGCACAGAAGGAAUCAUUUUAAGACACACAUACGAACGCCUACUGAACGGUAUUGUGCCGGCCUGGGAACUCGAUGACUUGCAAGAUUUGGAGCCUUCUAGUUCUAAAUGGAAAAAGUACGAUGAUCAAAUCCGCAUCCGACUUCGAGAAUCCUACCAGGAUUUCCAUCUCAGAGCCAAGGCCAUAGCAGAAGCUGUCCAAGACCUGCGAGAAAGGUUACCAACGGGAACAAGUAGUCAGGUCUCGGUCACAAACUGGUCCUCGAAGAUUUCCGGAUUCGCGUCCGAAGCUAAAGUUCGAACUCGGUUGACAUUUAAAAAGAAGGACUGUACUGGCACCGUGUCCAAAAUUCGCCAGAACAACAUCCUUCUACGGAGGCUGAUCGACCAUAGUGCAGCCUUCGAGCCCACUCGACGAGCUAAUUCCCAAGCCAAGUUCGCCAAGAAAGUCCGCACCACGGCCCGAGGUCUUUUCUCAUCUCUUUGCAACGUCAUGCGUUGCCAAUGUGUCGACUCGCACAUGAUUGGGCUUCAUCUUCGGCAAAGGGCUGAGGGAGAUGUAUUUUCCGAGGAUGCUGCCGCACCCUUUGAAAUGAUCUUCGGUACCAACAAUGGGGACCAUGGCCAGGAUCCAAGCUUUGAGUUGCUCAACAUUCAAUGGACGGGGCAGAAAACUGUUUCCCCGGAACAGACUUCAUCAAUGGAGACGUCGCACUGCUUUGAGUCCCUGUCGAACGACAGAGAAGUUUCUGUGCAAAAAGCCAGAUUCUCGUUGGGGGCCAGCCUCGGAGAGGCAUUCCCAAAAUUGCGCCGAUCGCCAUCGCCUUCAAAACCUGAGUGCCGCCGAAAAGUCCGCUUCUCGGAAACGGUCACGCCCACACCAAAAUUCGAGUGCUCCGUGACGACAAUUGGCACCAGGAGCAUUGUCAAAGGCGUUUCUCUGUCACACAUCACAGAUCUAUGUUCUAAUAUUAAACGGGGUGAGGCGAUAGCAAAUCAGCCAAUUGGCUUCAUCCCGUGCGCCGAGAUACCUGAAGGAUUCAAUAUAUACCGCCAUGAUUGUUUGCGAAAUUUCAACAAAGCAAGCUUGACACUAAGAGAUGCUCUGAGCAGCAACAAGCCCGGUUCGGAGGACUUCGAACUGGCCGAGAGGCUCAAUGUCGCCUUGGCUCUGUCCUUUGGCAUCCUACAACUGUGUAACACUCAUUGGCUGGAGAAGGUCGUUUCACUCGAAGGUAUCGUUUGCCUCCGGGCGGUGAGCCUGGAGCAGCAGCACCUCGCUCUCGAUCUUGAACACCCUUCCUUGUUUCUGGUUCGUCAACCUUCGUCAGACCUCAGCCCGGAGAAGCCAGGAAAGCCAAUUAACUUUGCGCUGUUGUCACUUGGAGUCGUGUUGACACACAUAAUCAUGGGCCGCCGGGUUGAAGCUAUUGACAUAAGCGAGGAUAUGACAAAGGAGACGCUGCUAUCGAAAAGAAAUAUUGCAUAUAACCAGGUUGAGAUUUGCGAUUAUGCGUCCACAAAUUAUGUUGAUGCUGUCCAGUGGUGCUUACAGAAUUGCUUCACAUUCAAGACACUGGAGGACGAAAACCUGAGCCGAGAUUUUCACGAUGCAGUGAUAGCAAGACUGGAGAGUGAUUUGGGGAGCAUUCAAGCACUCAAUGUUGAAGUAUAA